GUUAGGCACUGAAUGGUCGUCUAUUCACAGAGUUGGUCCUUUUUUAAAAGAAAGGGAACUUUAUUCCUGUGUUUAUAGCUCAUCUCAUAGUCAGAAAAGCUACUGCAGACUUAGAGAAAAGAGAGCAGCAAGAUAUUAAGUAAGAGAUCAAGGAUUUCAUCUAGUUUCUUCCUCAGCAAGCUUGUUUCUCAUCUAAGGACUGAGUCACAGAGGAGCCGCCAAACAUGCCCAUCCUGAAUGAGAUCAGUGCGUUGGUGAAGAGGAUCCCGACUUCAAUGCAGGAAAUCCUAAACGAACGAGUGAUCCAAAUCAGGGCAGAGAUUCAGCAGGGUGUGAAAAAGCCUUAUAAACAAGUGCUUAACCUUUCAUCUGGCGAUCCUCAGGCUUUGAGCUUAAAGCCCCUCACGUUUGUUCGACAGGUCCUGGCUGGGUGCUUGUAUCCCACUCUCCUGCAUGGCGACACCUUACCUGCAGACGUGAGACAGCGAGUCCAGAAGCUUCUGGGCGAGUGUGCUGGAGAAGGCACAUGGUCACACCUUGAAACACAUGGGAUUAGAAAACUCCAGCACUCGAUAUCUGACUUCAUCAGCAGGCGCGAUGGUGUUGCUUCCGAUCCUGACAACAUCUACAUCACAAACGGUUCAACAGCAGCCUUCAUGACAUUGCUGAAGUUGUUUGUUCCAAACGGGAGCUCUCUGCAAACCGGGGUCCUCACGCCCGAACCGUCGUACAACGGCUUUAAGUUUGCGCUGGCUGCCCAGGGAGCCCUCGUAGUACCUUAUUACCUGAGGGAGGAGCAGGGCUGGGCCGUGCAGCUGGAUGAGCUGCACCGAGCUGUCCUUACCGCUAAGGGGUACUGCAACCUGAUGGCGUUAUAUGUCAUUAAUCCAGGGAAUCCAACAGGCCAUGUGCAGACUAAGGACUCCAUUAAGGACGUGAUCCGCUUUGCUGCAGAAGAAAGACUGAUCAUAAUGGCAGAUGAGGUGUAUCAGAGCUGCAUGAUUGGGGAAGGAAUGGAGUUUUGCUCCUAUAAGAGGGCCCUGAUGGAGAUGGGUGCUCCAUACUCCAACAUGGUGGAACUGGCUUCCAUCAACUCCAUCUCCAAAGGACUGAUGGGAGAGUGUGGUCUGCGUGGCGGCUAUGUGGAGCUGGUGAACUUUGACCCUUCUAUGAAACAGAAUAUCUUUAAGCUCUUCUCUGCAAUGCCAUGUGCAUCCCUAAUGGGACAAAUUGCCCUGCACGUGAUGGUUGACCCUCCACGACCCGGACAGCCCUCGUACCCUCUCUACACAAACGAAAUUCAGUCAAACAAGAGGGCAAUUAUCAACAAUGUGCGGAGGACUUUGGGGGUUUUAAACAGCUUGCCUGCCAUCACUUGGCAACCCGUGAUGGGAGGGAUGUUUGCCUUCCCUCGAGUCAGCUUCUCCCAGGCUGCAAUAAAUUACUCCCAGGAGAGAGGACAGGAACCCGACGUAAUGUACUGUUUGCGUCUGCUUGAGGACGAAGGCCUGUGCUUUUUGCCUGGCUAUGAACUCGGAAUGACAGAGGGCAUCUAUCACAUCAGGAUCACCCUGGCAGCUCAGGAGGAGAUCAUGAAGGAGGCGCUGCAGAGGCUGAAGAAUUUCCACUUGCGCUUCCUCAAAGAGUUUCCCACACUCGAGCGCCCUGGAGGAAACACUAACCCUGACCCGUUAACCGCCACUGCCUCCUCUGUGAUGGGUCACGCUGACCCCAACACUCCGCUGGGCUGGCGUCACUGAAAAAUGGGUCACUCCUGACCGGGAGCGUCAGCUCUCGACACGAUAAAGCAGUCACGAAAACAAAAAUCUGACACUAUACAUUUCAUUGCAUCAUUAUCAUUCAGUAUCAUCAUCAAUUAUAAUGACAAAAAUAAAAAAAGGCAAUAAAUAAAUGCGCUUUCAGCACGGUAAGGGUGACAGGAUGAAUAACAUUAACGUUUGAUCUUAGUUCAAAUAGCUUCUGCUUUUCAAUUACUAGGUAACUGUUGCCUCACAUACUGUCCCCUCGUCCAUACAUUCAGUUCUUCUUCACAGCUGUAG